AUGAGCGCCAUCCUCUCCGCAGACGAUCUGAACGACUUCAUCUCGCCUGGCGUCGCCUGCAUAAAACCCGUUGAGACGCUCCCGAAACAGGGCGAUGAUGUCAAUCCCUACGAAGUAACCACCGAAGAUAAAGUCCAGACCCAAAACCCGGCCCCGGCCUCGAUAUCCCUUACCGAUUGCCUCGCCUGCUCCGGCUGUGUUACUUCUGCGGAGGCUGUUCUCGUUUCAUUACAGUCGCAUACCGAAGUUAUGAAUACGCUUGAUUCUUAUCCACCACUCGAUGUGCGGUAUCUCCUCAACAAGCAAAACGGCCUUGCUAAUGGGCACACAUCCCCGCCGCCAAACGCAAAACUCUUCGUAGCCAGUGUGAGUCCGCAGGUUCGGGCUAGUCUGGCUGCGACAUAUGGCAUUUCUGAGCGAAGAGCCGGAUUUAUGAUUGAACAGUUUCUCAGCGGAUCGCAAGGCUUGCGGAUAGGUGGCCUGCACAAUAACCGAUUUAUUUAUGUGGUGGACACCAAUCAGGCACGGGAAGCGUGUCUGGUACUAGGGGCUGAAGAGGUGGAGGAUUCAGUGGCCAAAAGGUCGAAACCAAAGCCAAUCUUGACUUCUGCUUGUCCGGGUUGGAUUUGUUACGCAGAGAAGACACAUCCUCAUGUCCUUCCGCAUCUCUCGGCACUGAAGUCUCCACAGGCGUUAUCAGGGACACUGUUGAAGACAGCACUGAGCAAGACGUUGAACAUCCAUCCCUCGCAGAUAUGGCAUCUGGCAAUAAUGCCCUGCUUCGACAAGAAACUCGAAGCCAGCAGAGAAGAAUUAACAGAUCGCUGGUGGCGACCCUCGGAUUCUACAAACAAAUCCUCACUUCCCGUACGCGAUGUCGACUGUGUGAUCACCUCCCGCGAACUUCUGUCCCUCGCUUCAGCGCGCGGUAUUCAGCUCUCUGGCCUUCCACUCCGGCCACUCUCAUCCUCCGAACGCACCCCGUUUCCGGACCCUCGCAUCUCUCACUUCCUCUUUCCCAGACACCGACGAUGGCAGACCGAAGAACAAAAUGCAAUCGCCGGCUCUUCAGGUGGCUACCUUUACCACCUUCUCUUGACAGAACAAGCCCGUCACCAAGGCUCCACCAUCUCUGUUCAGCGCGGCCGUAACGCCGACGUUGUUGAAUAUUCCCUCGUUGCUCCCUCUGGCCAAAGUCUUAUGAAGUGUGCUCGGUAUUAUGGUUUCCGAAAUAUUCAGAAUCUUGUUAGGAAAUUGAAACCCGCCAGGCAGAGCAAGUUACCUGGCGCCGCGAGACGCAUGACCCCUGCCACUGGAAGUGGAAGCGCAAGUGACUACGCUUAUGUGGAAGUCAUGGCUUGUCCCGGAGGUUGUACGAACGGAGGUGGACAAAUUAAGAUUGACGAUGUUGUAGAAAUAUUGCCCCAGACGAGGAGCGAAGAUGUGGUCAACAGUGCGAAUGGCCCGCAAAGUCAGAAAGAUUGGUUGAGGCUCGUGGACGAGGCUUAUUACUCGGCUGAUUCGUCGGAGGACACUGAGACGAGGGAGGAAGAUGGGGACGAUGUGCCUAUGACGAACGGCAAUGGCCAUCUGAACGGGUACGAGACGUCCGAGCAGACGGUCAUCAGCGGAAUCAAUGUCAACGAAGUUCACGACUUUCUGUACUAUUGGUCUAACCUCGUGAACAUACCGGUGUCAAAGCUCGCUUAUACGACUUUCCGGGAGGUCGACAGCGACGUUGGCAAGAACAAGCCCGCCAGCAAGAAGAGCGAUACGGAGCGCAUUGCAAGCAUUGCUGGAUUAAGCGGCGGUGGAUGGUGA